AUGUUGAUUUUUUAUCGACAAUAUGUAGCAUUCUUAUGGAUUAUAUUCUAUCAAAUAAAUAUCAUUAAAACUUCUCAUAUUCGUCAUCUGUCUCUAUCAAAUAAUAUCAAUCAUUUAACUUAUUAUUCUCCUUUAAAAUGGCUUUAUGUUUCUUCGAUUGAUUCUAUUUCAAUUUAUGAUGAUAAUUUAACACUUCUACAAAAUAUAUCUACACAAAAUUCUUAUUUAAAUGAUUAUGAUAUAUGUAAAAUAAAUCCUUGUCAAUGUUUAAAUAAUUUAACGAAUAAUAAUAAUAAUAAUAAUAAUAAUGAAGGUGAUGAUGUAUCAACAGAUAGAUAUCGUCGUUCAAGAUUAAUUCAAUCAUUAAAUUUACAAAAUUCUAUUGAUCAAAAUAAUUAUAAUUUUAUACUUUAUCUUGAAACAGAAAAUAAAAUAGAUAAUAAACCAUAUUUAAUUGAUUGUUGGUCACUUCAAUCAGGUUCAUGUAUUAUUCGUAAUGCAUUAAAUCUAUCGAAAAUUUAUUAUCAACAAAUAUCAACUAAUGAAAAAAAUCAUGCACAAAAAUUUUUAUUUAAUACCGAUCCAACAAUACCAAAUCAUAUAUUUCCGUUUCAUUUUAAAUUUAACAAAUGUAAUAAUACACCAACUUAUUUAUUUUUAACGUCAACAUUAAGAAAAAAUUUUAUUCUAUCAAAUCAAAAAGAAAAAUCUGAUGAUUUAACCGAUCGUGUUUAUGUUCAAUGUCUUGAACAAGCUCAACGACGUACAAUUGCUUUGCGAGCAUUUGUCUAUGAUGAUGGAAUAAGAAAAUUACAGAACUAUGUAAACAAAUCUACGAUCACAAAGGUUAAACAACGAAACAUUACCGUUUUUAAAGAUUCGAUUAUGAAACAAGAAAGUGUUCAUAUUGAAAACUCUAUGAAUAAAACAAGGUCAUCUUCACAUAACAAUAAAUCGAAUUUAACAUCAAUUAUAGGAGUUUCUCGAACAUCAUCUACUAAUCCAAUGGCUUCUGAUGAUUAUGUCACGAAUAAAAAUAAUAAUACAAAUAAUAAUAAGACAUCAUCUUUCUUCAAUUAUAUUCAUGAACAAAUUCCAUUUUUAAAUAUAAAUGAUUAUUGUCCAGAACAAUUAUCUGUUGUACGUUCAAUUUAUACAGAUUUUUUUGAACAUGAAUCAUCAGAUAAAUUUCGACUUUUUCAAGAUAUUAUAUAUGAUGAAAAUAAUUCAUCUAUAUAUUUAUUUACUAAUCAACAAUAUGUUAGUAAAAUUAUACGUUUAUGUGAAGGACAAAUAUCAUUUCGACAUUAUGUUGAAUUACAAAUUAAUUGUGGAAAUGAAUAUACACUUAUACAAAAAGUUAAAUUAAUUAAAUUCAAUAAUAAUAAACAAUAUUUAUUAACAAUAGCAUCAAAAUCAAAAACAUUACAUAGUCUUGAACCAUCAAUAAAUAGUCAUUCGGCAAUAUGUUUAUAUGAACUUGAUCAAAUAAGAAAUGCAUUCAUUGAAAAUAUACUCGAUUUAUCCAAAGGUAAUGUUUCACUUGGUAUGGCUUGGUUACAUGGUGAAUCAGUUAUUCCACAAUAUCCUGCACCAUAUGGAAAUUUAGCUCGAUGUUCAACAACACGUGAUGCAAGUUAUUUAAUGAUAUAUGAAGGGUCAUCGAAUAUUAUUUCACAACCAAUAAUUAGUUUUUCAUCUGAUCAAUUAACAUCAUUGGAAGCGACUGUUAUUAAUGAUUAUAUUGUUGUUUUAGCUGGUACAGCUGAUGGCAAAAUUAAAAAGAUUAGUGUUCAACCAUCGACAAAGAAAGCUUUUCAAUUUGAAGAAAUAUUUGUUCAUUUUGGUGACUCUAUUCUUCGUGAUAUGAUAUUAGAUAACAAUAGUCGUUUUCUUUAUGGAGCAACUAAAACUCGGCUCUUUCAAGUUGAUCUUCAUAAUUGUGAUCGAUAUAAAACAUGUUUUUCAUGUCUUUCAUCACAAAAUCCAUACUGUGGUUGGGGUACAACACUCAAUCGUUGUACAAUACGUCGAAAUGAAACAAAUGAUCAACGACGUUUUCGUUGGUUACAAAUAUAUGAGAGUUGUCCAAGUAUUAUCGAAAUGAGACCAGCUUUUAUUUCAAAAGCAAAAUCUGACAAAUUACAUUUACAAGUUGAUAAUGUACCUGAUGAUUCUACUUCAAAAUAUUUCUGUUCAUUUGGUUUAACUUCACUUUUAACUGAUACAGAAGAUAAUAAUAAUAAUGAUAAACCUAUUUAUAUAUCAAAUGCUAUUAAAUAUGAAAAUUAUAUUAUAUGUUAUUCACCUCCAUCUGAAACACUUUUAAAUAUUAAUCAUGAUUCAAUUAUCAUACGUCUAUUUUACAAUGAUAUUAUUCUUACAGAAAAAAACGUUACAUUUUAUGAUUGUUCAUCAUAUUUAACAUGUACAUCAUGUAUGAAUAAUUCAUUUGAUUGUACAUGGCAAUUAUUAAAAGCAACAUGUAUUGAUAGUGAUUUAGUUAUUGAGAAAAACGAUAUUAUAAUAAAUAAUUCUUUAAUUAAUGAAUGUCCACGUUAUAAUGUAUCAACGAAAGAAAUAUUUAUUUCUGAUGGUGAUUCGUUUAUUCUUGGUGAAAAAGCUCGAGUUAUUAUUCAAACAAUUGGAUUAAAAUAUAAUAUUCAAAAAUAUUUUCGUUGUUUAUUAAUAUUAAUGAAUUCAAGUAUAAUAACAAGUAUUGGAAAAAUUAAUAAUAAUUCAUUUAUUUGUGAUUCAUUUCAAAUAUCUUAUGAACAUGAUGUUGGUCAACAAAAUUUAUCAUUUGAAAUCGAAUGGAAAGAAUGUGAAAAUGAAUGUAUAUAUAAAAAAUUAGAAGCUUUAACAAAUUUUACAGCGGAUUCUUGUGGUUCAUGUAUAUUACUUCAUGAUAAUUAUCAUUGUAUAUGGUGUGAAACAGAUAAAUCAUGUCGUCAUGAAAUAAAUUCAUCGAUAUGUAAACCUCAUCAUAUAAUAAGUUCAUCAAUGGGUGUAUGUCUCGAUCCACGUCUUAGACAAAUCUAUCCUAUCAUAGGUCCACAAUAUGGUCGUACACCAAUACGAAUCUAUGGUUCAAGUUUAGGUAAAAAACCACAUGAUAUAUCUGUUGUUCUUAUAAAUUCCAAUCAAAUGGAAUUUCAAUGUCAUAUUCAAAUUGAAUCAUAUAUUACUGCUCAAUCAUUUAUAUGUCAAUUACCAUCUUUACCAAUUGGAAUAUAUACAAUUAAAGUUACUGUUCAUUCAGUUGUUAGUAAAGAUCGACCAAUUUUUCAUAUUGUGAAACCAGUUAUUAAUCAUGUUUAUCCAAAUUUAGGACCUCGAUCUGGUGGUACUUUACUUUCAAUAAAAGGAAAACAUUUAACAAUAGGAAGUAAAAUAAAUAUAUUUGUUGGUCAUCAACCAUGUUUUGUUAUUGAAAAUGAAGAAAUAUUUAUUAGUAGUACAAUAUCAGAUGAUGAAAAUAAUCAAUUUAUUAUUCCAUCGAUAUCUCAAUUAGAAUUACCUAAUGAAAAUGAAGAAGAAAUUAUUCAAUGUCGAACAUCUAAAUUAGCAGUUAUAAACGAACAUGAUGAAAAUCGACAACAAAGAUUUGUUAAACGACAAGCAUUAUGGAUUGGUACAAUUAGAAUUUUAAUUGAUAAUUUUACUGAAACUUAUUCGAAUAUUACUUAUUCAUAUACAGAAGAUCCACGUGUUCAUAAUUUAAGUCGAUAUUCUGGUAUUCAAAGUGGUGGUUUACCAUUUCUUGCUUAUGGUACUAAUUUCAAUUCUAUUCAAACACCACAAUUCUUCAUUGAAUAUAAUAAUAGUCAAAUAUUUGUCGAGAAUUGCUCAGUUAAAACUCCGGAAAGUAUGCUUUGCUAUGGUCCAUCAUUGAAAUGGAUAGAAAAUGAAAUACUGCUUAAAAGUACAACAUUAUCUUCUACUACGACAACUAGUACUUCAACAACAACAACAACAACAACCGUAUCAUCAUCACCAAUAACUCAUAUUUUACAUUCACGAUCAUAUGAUAAAAAUCAUUGUUUUGAAUUUAAAUUUGGUUUUUUUAUGGAUGAUGUCGAAUAUGUUCGUAAUACAUCAACAUACUAUGAAGCAUUUUUACUUUGUCCUGAUCCAAUUAUAUAUCCAUUUAAUAAUGAUGGAAAACGUAUACAAUAUCGUUAUGAUUAUUUAACAAUAGAAGGUUUAAAUUUACUUGAUGUUGCAACAAUAAAUGAUUAUUUUAUAACAAUUGGUUCAUAUCCAUGUAAUAUAACAUCAAUAUCAGAUCAACAAAUUGUUUGUCAACCAACAAAUCGUACUAUUGAAAAAUUGAUAAGAAAAAAACGUAUUUUACUUGAUAUUAAUACAAAAUAUAAUGAACAAGCCAUUGUUCGUGUUACACUUGGUCGUCGAGUUUAUACCUUAGGUACAUUAAUAUAUACAUCAAAUAUUGAAAAACGAUCAUUAGUAUUGUAUUAUAUAAUCGCAAGUGUUUGUGGAUUUUUUUUAACAAUGUUUGUUAUAAUUGUAUCAAUUAUUUUUCGACGCAUAAACACAAAACGUACUAGACAACUUAAUCGUUUACAAAAUCAAAUUGAUACACUUGAAAUGCGUGUUGCACGUGAAUGCAAAGAAGGUUAUUUUAUUUUUUUAUUACAUAAUCUCUUUUCUAUUGUAUUUAUAAAAACAAUAAAAUUUCUAUAUAUAUAUAUAUAUAUUAUAGCAUUCGCUGAACUUCAAACAGAUAUUGGAGAAAUAACAAAUGAUUUAUCACAUUCCGGUGUACCAUAUCAUGAUUAUCGUACAUAUUGUAUGAAAGUAUUAUUUCCAAAUGCUACUGAUGAAGAAAAAUAUAUGAUGCUUCAUAAUAUUGAAAUACCACUAGAAGCUAAUAGAAGAAAUAAUGUUCGACAAGGUCUUCAACAUUUAUCUCAAUUAUUAUAUAAUCGUCAUUUUCUUCUUCUACUGAUUCAUACAUUGGAAGCAGAUAAAAUUAAUUUUCGUUUACAAGAUCGUAUGCAAUUUGCAUCUCUUAUCAGUAUUCUUCUUCAAGAUAAUAUUGAAUAUUUAACUGAAUUAUUAAAAACAUUAUUAAAAGAAUUAAUUGAAAAAUCAUUACAACAAGAUCGAAAUAAUAGUAAAAUUUUGUUAAGAAGUAAUGCAUCUAUAGCUGAAAAGAUACUUUCAAAUUGGUUUGCUUUUCUUCUUUUUGGUCAUAUCAAAGAACGUAUUGGUUCUCCUUUGUAUAUAUUAUUUCAAUCAAUUAAACAACAAAUUCAUAAAGGUCCUAUUGAUUAUUAUACAAAUGAAUCAAGAUAUUCAUUAAGUGAAGAUAAACUUCUUCGACAACAUGUUGAUUAUCAAUCAAUGAUUGUUUAUGUAAUUCAAGUAGAAGAUGAUAAAUCUCAUCUUAUAUCAACACCGGUGCCAAUAAAAGUUCUUAGUUGUGAUUCAAUAACCCAGGUGAAAGAAAAAAUAGUCGAUCAUUUUUAUAAAAAUAUUCCAUUUUCCAAACGUCCAUCCAUUGAAGAUUUUGAUUUGGAAUGGAGAAUUGGUUCACAUAUGAAAUUACUUCGUGAUGAUGAAAAAGUUGAUAAUCCUGAUACAAAUGAUUUUGUACAAGUACAAACAUUAGCAACUUAUAAAGUUCAUGAUGGUGCUCGAUUAUUUCUUAGUUUAAAACCUGGUAUAAAUCACACAAAUACAUCAUCAUUUUCAUCAUUAAUAAGUUCUCAAACAAAUUCUGGUGGAUUAAAUAAUGAAUUAACUAGCUAUUAUCCAACUAAGAAUUUAUCUUAUACACAAAAAACUGAUGAUGAUCAUAGUUGGCAAUUACUUCAAGGACCUGAAAGUCAAAUAUUAUUAAAUUCAACAAUAGAUUUAAUAAAUUUACGAAAAGAUCAUCGAUUUAAAACUACAAAUCAAUUAGAACAAUCAUUUUCUAAUUCUCGAUCAGAACAAAAUACACAUUUUUAUCAUUUAGUAAUUGUUUAUACAUAUGUUAAACCAACUGAUCGUGAAGAUGAUGAUCGAGCAUUAACGACAAAUAAACUUGUUUCAGAAGUUUAUCUAACACGUUUGUUAGCAACAAAAGGUUCAUUACAACAAUAUAUUGAUAAUUUUUUUGAUACAAUUUUUUGUCUUGUUGAUUUACCAUUACCAAUUAAAUAUUUAUUUGAUUUUUUUGAUGAACAAGCUGAAUAUUAUCAAAUAUUUGAUUCAAAUAUUAUUCAUACUUGGAAGAGUAACAGUUUACCAUUAAGAUUCUUUGUUAAUAUUAUUAAAAAUCCUGAUUUUAUAUUUGACGUUCAAAAAACCAGUGUUAUUGAUGCAUCUUUAUCAGUUAUUGCUCAAAUGUUUAUGGAUAGUUGUGCUGCUGGUACUCAUCAAUUAACAAAAGAUUCACCAUCAUCAAAACUUUUAUUUUACCGUGAUGUACAAAAAUAUAAAAAACUUGUAGAAAAAUAUUAUGAUGCUGUUUCUUCUCUUCCAACUGUAUCUAUUAAAGAUCUUGAUCGACAUACGAUAUUGUUUAAAGAACAAGAACAUCAAAAUUCAUCAAAUAGACGAACGAAUGAGUUUAAUAGAACAUAUGCUUUAUUUAAAUUAUAUCAUGAAUUUAUUAGUCGAUACAAGACUAGUUUACGCAUAGCAAUAACAAAUGAUUUUCAUGACAACCAGUAUCGAUUAGCAGCAUUAUUUGAACAGAUUGUUACUUUUAUGGAUAGUUUUGAACUUGAUAUUUAA